GAGGCGGAGCCGCGAGAGCGCGGCCCGGGCCGGCCCCGCGGGGCGGUCGCGGCCGUGACGGCGGCUCCCGGCCCCGGCUCCCUUUCCUCACCCCUCCCGCCGGAGAUGAAGGGAAGAUGUCCGUGUCAGGGCUCAAGGCCGAGCUGAAGUUCCUGGCUUCCAUCUUCGACAAGAACCACGAGCGAUUCCGCAUCGUCAGCUGGAAGCUGGACGAGCUGCACUGCCAGUUCCUGGUGCCGCCGCCGCCGGGCAGCCCGCACUCGCCGCUGCCGCCGCUCACACCCCACUGCAACAUCACGGAAUCUUACCCAUCUUCUUCACCAAUAUGGUUUGUGGACUCUGAUGACCCAAAUCUAACAUCAGUUCUGGAACGACUAGAGGAUACUAAGAACAACAAUUUGCUUCGUCAGCAAUUGAAGUGGUUGAUAUGUGAACUCUGCAGAUUAUAUAACCUUCCUAAGCACCUGGAUGUUGAGAUGCUAGAUCAACCACUACCCACGGGUCAGAAUGGGACAACUGAAGAGGUGACUUCAGAAGAGGAAGAGGAGGAAGAGAUGGCUGAAGAUAUUGAAGAUUUGGAUCACUAUGAGAUGAAGGAAGAAGAACCUAUUAAUGGGAAAAAGUCAGAGGACAAAGGAAUUGAAAAAGAAAAUUUGGCAAUAUUGGAGAAAAUUAGGAAGACUCAAAGGCAAGACCAUUUAAAUGGUGCAGUGUCCGGGUCAGUGCAAGCAUCAGAUAGACUCAUGAAGGAGCUCAGGGAUGUCUACAGAUCACAGAGCUACAAGGCAGGGAUUUAUUCAGUGGAACUAAUAAAUGACAGCUUAUAUGACUGGCAUGUCAAACUACACAAGGUUGACUCUGAUAGUCCUUUGCACAGUGAUCUUCAGAUCUUAAAAGAAAAAGAAGGCAUAGAAUAUAUUUUACUUAACUUCUCUUUUAAGGAUAAUUUUCCAUUUGAUCCUCCAUUUGUUCGAGUGGUGUUACCUGUUCUCUCAGGAGGGUAUGUGUUGGGCGGAGGAGCAUUAUGUAUGGAACUUCUUACAAAACAGGGCUGGAGCAGCGCCUACUCUAUAGAAUCGGUCAUUAUGCAGAUCAAUGCCACCUUGGUGAAAGGCAAGGCGCGAGUGCAGUUUGGAGCAAAUAAGAAUCAGUAUAAUCUAGCACGGGCCCAACAGUCCUAUAAUUCCAUUGUACAGAUACAUGAAAAAAAUGGCUGGUACACACCUCCAAAAGAAGAUGGCUAACUAUGCUGACAUAUGUCUGGACCAAUGUUGCUUUAAAGAAAAUUGUUCCAACGUGCAGACAUAAGCUUUUGAGUGCCCGUAUAACAGCAGUACCGAAGACAUUAGCUAAUAGAUCAUUUAGUGGAUAAUCUGUCAACUGACAUCCAGAUACAGCCUUUUCAUUUUGCUCACUUUAGGUAUCUUGGACUGAACAGUGGGGCCCUUACUGUAUUUUUCCUGAUAAGUAUACACAGUAGCCACUCCCUACCACCUCUUUCUUGAAAAGUGAAAUCUUUUAAGCAAGCAGGGAAGUCAGCAUCAGUUUGCUGCAGCUGUGAAUUUACAGUAACCUUCCUAUAUUGAGCCUAUGGGGUAUGAAGAUUUGCAAAAUCCUGUUCAUUUAGAGCCAAUAAAAGUUUUAACUGAUGGUCAAUACUGGUUUAGGAAUUUUAGGUCUUCUAAACCAUAGCAUUUUCAGGUCUGAAAUCUUUUUAUUGCCAAAAUUAUGACAGGAAACCUCUUCAUUAAAUUGUUAACUUUUUCA